UAUUAUACUUGUAUUUUAUGCUGUGCAACUGGUGCCGAAUCUGCGCCGGGGUAGUCGCACGCUGAACACGCGUCUGGUAGGUGCGAACACGCUCUCGUGAUAUUAUACAGUCGUCGGCCGAUCCGUUCCGUUUUUCUAUAUCAUUCAAUAAUAAUAUUAUUUCGCGUACGCAUCAUAAUAAAAUUAUAUAUAUAUAUAUUAUUUUUUGCGUGCGCGCUUUAAUAUAAUAUAAUAUUAUACAAUUAUAUUUAUAUUAUUGAAACAUAUAAUUGUGAUUCUGUGCGUCUCGCGUCUUCACGAGGUAUUUACCGAGCGGUUUUAUUUUACACCCACUCGUUGACGGGUCCGGUGGUAAAAAAUCUAAAAAAAUAAAAUUAAGAAAUCAAUUCGCAUUUUCUUUCCCGCGUGUCACAUAAUAUUAUCGCCGUCAUCCGCAAGUGGUGCCGUUCAAAAAAACAUAUUAUUAUUUUUGUAAUUAUUGUAUUGUCUGAAUAUUGUACGCAUAUCAUACAGUACGGCACAUCAAAUCAAAGUUCGCGCACACGAUGAACGCGAUGGUCACGCCGUUGUCUUCAUCCGUCGUCGUUGUCUUCGUCUCUGUCUGUAAAUCGACCGCCGCGAACGCAUCGUUCUACCGGUGACACGAGAGCUUUAUACGUCACCAAAGUAGGUGUAAUAAGGUAGGUGGUCGUCGACAACCGUACAAAGUCGUUUUCGUCUGCACCGUUUUUCCGCGACAGUGUUACGCGCCGUUCGGAGCGCCGCAAUAACGUACACGCCGCUCCGGUUAUCUUUAGCGUUCCCGCACCGUCACAUCUCGCUCCGCGCACACGCUCGGAGACGUGCACCUACGCACAGCCACAGAACCCGCGUGGUACCAACACACUAUGAACUCACCACAAAUGUACGACACGGCGCCGCAGCCACACGCCCAUCAGCCGCAGCACCACCAGAUCAGCCAACAGGAGUUGGCGAUGGCCGCCAAGAAAGCGCAGCUCGGGCAGCUCAAGAACAGGUACGACAUAUCGGAACUGUCCACGCCCGAGAUAUCGCUCGACCUGCAGAACCUCAUCGACGACAGCCAGUUCAGCGAAGGGCUGUUCACAGAGAUACUGCAACAGGGCCAGGUCAAGUUGCCCAACGGCACCGGCGGCGGUGGAGGCCGGAAUGGCGUCAACCAAAACGGUUUUAACUCGCGCACCACGCUCGCGUACAUGCCGCAGCCCGUGCACUACGAGAGCACGCCAGCCUCCACGGGCGGUCCCAUCAAGGAGGAACCACCGGAGUCGGUCGAGUUCCGGAACCAGCAACAACAGCAGCAACAACAGCAACAGCAGCAGUACCUUAGCAACGGCCAGGGUGGCGCGUUCCAGACAUCGCCCGUGUCCAGCAACGGCAGCAGCUCGCAUCUCAAGGCCCAUCACCACAACCACCACCGGAAGUCGAGUUCCGGCAGCAACAAGUCCGUGGACAAGAACACGGACGAGUACAAGAGGAGGCGCGAACGGAACAACAUAGCGGUCCGCAAGAGCCGAGAAAAAGCGAAGAUCCGCAGCCGCGAGACCGAGGAGAAGGUCAAGCUGUUGGUCAAAGAGAACGAGCGGCUGCAGAAGAGGAUAGAGCUGCUUAGCGAAGAACUCAACGUGCUCAGGUCGCUAUUCUCCAAUGUGGGAGUCCUGCCCGAGCAUCUUCACCGGGAGCUCAACAAACAUUUCGACGCCUAUCCACACUUGCAGUGAACCAUCUCGUGCGAAUGGUUUCAAGAAAUUGGCAUCGAUGAACCCGGUUCAAUAUCAUCUCCUCUCACACUUUUUGGUAUUAAACAGGGACAUUUUCCGACCUGUUUUUUUUAUUAUUAUUAUUAUUAUUAUUAUUAUUAGUUAGAAUGUUAUAAUUGUUAUUGUUCAUAAAAAUCGUUUAUUUAAAAGUUCCAUCGAGACUUGACACAAAAAAUAAAAUGAUAUAUUAUGUAUUAAUAUAAUAAUCCUAUAAUACUGUGUAACUGCAAAUCAUCAAUAUACGUUAAAAUACAAAAUUAAAAUAUAUUGGCGGCGGCGCUUAAACGCUGAGCUACUUAACUAAUACCUAUAUAAUAAUAACAGUAGGUAACAAUAACGUAUAAAAUUAUUUUUUAAGUACAAAAAAUUUAGAGCUUUCUUUAAAAAAUAUUACGAAUCUUACCAAAACCCUUUUGAUAUCGGGCAUAUUUUUAUACGCGUGUGUCUAAGCCAUAGAUUUACUAUACUAUGGGCUAUUUAUUUAUUUUUCUACUGGUACAAAAUCCUUUUAAUCAAUGCAAACAUAUAAUAUUAUUAUUGUUUUAAAAUGCCGCAGCAUUAUUUACCCCUCCUUUUAGGUUUGUAUAGAUGUGCAUACGCCACGAGUGUUCAAUUUUUAUUACCUAUAUCAUUUCGGAGAUAAUUGCUCGUCUUCUUGUAUUUUUCUAAUUAUAAUUUUUAUUUUACUUACAUUUUUUUUUUAUUUGUACAUAUUAUACAAAACACAUUAACGUGAGAGGAUGGAGUGAACUAAUCGACCAAAUUGAGUAUAAUAUUUCUUUAUACAUGUAUUAUAUAUCUAUAUAGUCCCUAUACGGUGUUUCUGGCUGAUGCAGUUAUUAAAACUACGUCAGCUGAGAUGUAAAUAUUAUGUUAAUAGAUCGUUUACAAGUGAUCGUAUAAGUGUUAUACAAUUGUAUUGUAUAACAGUAUCAGAAUUAUCGGAAGCGUUGUCGUCGGCGCGGGGACAUUUCUGAAUAUUGUCAAAAUGUAAA